AUGUUCAAGGGAAUAUCAUGCAGCCCAGUGGCUUUCGACUUCGAUGAUACUUAUCUUGAAAGCUCGGCCGAGGCCUCGGUCGAGGCCCCGGCCGAGCAUAUUGCAGAGCGUGGAGACGGGGCUCGCCGAGCUCGCGAUCGAGACAAACAGGAAUUCUAUCAUAAAGUACGUAUCAAAUUCGUGUAUGAAGAUCCUAGAUUCAUUUUCAUAUGA